UGAACUUCUCGCUAUCAAUAACUUCAAUUCCUCGUCUCAUCCUGCUUACUCCUCCACUGAAGUAUCCUCAUUAUUUAUACCCAACCGCAACGAUGUUUCUUAAGAGAAAGCGCUCCGAUUCCGAGAUCUCCACGACCUCUUCCCUCCUCUCCUCCCCACUUUCCACAUCCCUCGUGUCUGUCGACGCGUUCCAAUCGUCCCAGCAUAUACAAACCCCCUCUCUCUUCUCCUCACGAACGCGCAAACGUCACCGCGACAACCGGCCCUCCGAGUCCAUUGUGCAUGAGCACACCUUAUCGCUGCUCUUUUCCGCGCAACAGAAUAGCCGAUCGGAAAUCCAAUUAUCCCCAGAGUUCGAACAGCAGCAAGAACCAAUUGCAUCCCUCCCAUCAAAUCAGGAAUUGGAUCCUCAUCAAUCAACUCUACACUCAUUCUUUAAUAUCCACCCUGCGCGUCAAUCAUCACCCUCCAGCCUCUCAUCCAAUGCUUCAGAUUCUUCCUCUAGUACCCCUCUACAAAACACAAACAUGUCCUCUUUCUUCCCGGCCACACAUUGCGAAGAUUGCGAUACCCCACUUAGUCAAUUGGGAGAUAGUAACGCAAUGGAUGUUGAUAUGAUGGAUAUUGAUGGGGCGAACGGGGCAAACUACGCGUGUGAGGGCUGUGGGAAGUCAGUGUGUCACAGCUGUGCUAUGAGUAAUUUCGGAGAGCAGAGAAAGUGUCGGGGGUGCGCGGGAAUGGGUCAGAAGCAAUGGGUGGGUGGCAUUGGAUGGAUUUGAAAGGAAUUGUUUUAUACCCAUUUGUGUAAGCAUCAAGAGAGCUCGCUCUGUGUAUUGGAUUGUUUGCAUUAUGGAGUUUGCCCAUUGGCAGGGAUUGCUGGAUACUGGGCAUUUUUUAUCUAUAAGAGCUUUAAUCAAGACUUAUUAAUCAGGAGGUUGAGGACUAGAUCUGU